UUCUUUACUGCCUACUCCGGUAAUUAUACUGACGAGUAUCUUCAAGGCUUCUACUAUAGGAUUAUGGAGAUCGAUUAUACCGGUUCUCUCAUCAUAAAUUCUUCUACCAUCUUGGCUCACUCAUGUACUUCAAACAGUAGCGAUUCAGUUUUCUUUCAGCCACCUUCAGAUGGGCCUUUCACUAUUUCCAUGUCCAAUAAGUUCGUAGUUAUUGGCUGCAACACGGUCGGUACCUACAAAUAUGAGGAUGGGGGAGAGGCGCGAUGUGUAUCAACAUGUGAUUCUCAAAAUGAUCCGCAAUACUGCCGUUAUGGCUGUUGUGAAAUUACACUCCCAGAUAACUGGCCGUCGUUAAAUUUCACUGGCGGCGGUUUGUUUAGUUUGGAGAACACUACUACUUGUGGCUUCUCAACCAUAUUGGAACCCUCCACCUUCACUAUUGUCGACAAUAACACAACGCUCUUUUGGGGUGAUGGCCUCAAGGCUUACUAUGGUCUCCGCCUUAACUGGGGUAUUGGCCUUCAGAAUUGUUCCAUGGCUAAAGCAACUGCGAAUUAUUCUUGCUCCUCCAAAGCUGAAUGUAUUGACUCCCCUUCUGAACAAGGACACGUAUGCAGAUGCCUCCCUGGAUAUGAAGGAUAUGGUUACUCUAAUGGCACAGAUUGCACAGAUAUAGACGAAUGCAAAGGGUCGAAUAUGUGCGUUGGAGCAGAGGAAGGAGGAAUAUGCCACAAUUUUGCAGGUACAUACAAUUGUUCAUGUGCAGGAGAUGGUUUUCAUAAUGGGACAAGAUGUAUAUCCAGAAGCUCCAACUACCUCAAACUUGCAAUCAUAGGCACUGUUUCUUCAUUCGUUGGAGUUUCUAUGGUAGCUUGUGGACUAUUUUGGUGUUUGAGCAUGCGUCGCUCGAAACAUGCUAGAUUGAAGAAUUUUCGCCAGAAUGGUGGGAUACAGUUGCAGGAACGCAUUGCUUCUAUGGGAGGAAAAGAAAGCCUCAAAAUACUUUCUGAAAGAGAGCUGGAAAUGGCUUCCAAUAAUUUUUCAACAGAACUUGGAAAAGGUGGCUUUGCAACUGUGUACAAAGGAGUUCUUGUGAACGGUAUGCCUGUAGCAAUUAAAAAACCCAAAUCAGUUUCUGAUGAGUUUAUCAAUGAAAUUAUAGUCUUGUCCCAUAUUAGUCACAGGAAUGUAGUGAAAUUGUUUGGCUGUUGUAUGGAAAGUCAAUUCCCAUUGCUCGUAUACGAAUUUGUGUCAAAUGGAACAGUUUUUGAUCAUCUACACUCUAGAGAGAACCAUUUGACAUGGGAGACAAGGAGACAGAUUGCCAUUGAAACAGCAGAGGCAAUAGCAUUUGUGCACCUUCAGGCUGCUCAACCAAUUUUCCAUCGGGACAUAAAAUCUUCAAAUAUUUUGCUCGACAAUACUUUUACACCAAAAGUAGCAGACUUUGGUCUUUCUCGACUGCGACCUUCGGAUGAUAGACACUUGAGCACCAUGUUUGCAUCUGGCACUCCAGGUUAUGUGGAUCCUGAGUUCGUGAGGAGCAACCAGUUUACAGAUAAGAGUGACGUAUUUAGCUUUGGCGAAGUUUUGGUGGAGCUUCUCACGGGUUUGAAGCCAUUGCUUUCUAUAGGAGGAUCUACUUGUGCUCUGUAUGACCAUUUCUUGUCCGCAAUUAAUGACAACCACCUCAUUGAAAUUUUUGAUCCUAAAGUGCUGAAAGAGGAAAUCCAAGGGCAGAUGGAGAAUAUGGCAAGAUUAGCAAAAGCAUGCUUGCAAGUGAAAGCAAAAGCAAGGCCAUCCAUGAGAGAGGUAGUGGAGGAACUUGUUUGGAUAAGAGCUGCCACAAAACAGCCAGGUUUUUAUGGAGAUGUGAGUCUUGUCGAGCACACUGGUGAUCCAAAACAAGCUAGGUCGAGUUAUCAUCCUUUGCCAACUACAAGUGAUGGUACUUCUAAGGAUCCUAGAGAGGAUUAUUACUACAGUUAACCAUCUGUUAAGGCGAUUUCUCCGGAGGGUCCUUCAACUGCAUUGAUUCAGAUUGAGAUGCCAGAUAUGUAUGCACGAUGAUCCAAGCCAAUGCAUGACUGAAGAAGCACGCAGGUAUUUUGCAAACAGCAGCUACUGCAGUCGCCAUAUGUUUAGUGUCGAGCUAUUGUUACAUUUUGAUGUGUCCAUUUAAUUUUUGGUUUUGUGCAAGUAUUAAAUAUUUUAUUUGAUUUCUUG